UACGGUGGCGUUACUUUGGUGAGUUUUCAUUAAAGUGGCAUUUUCAUAAGAUUUUUGUGUCAACAAGUUUACGUAGCCACUAACUGCACCAUAAUUAAGACUUAAUUCAAAGGAUUAUUUUUUAAGUGUUUUCAAUUUCAACGAUUUAUUGCUACGCUUAAUUUCACGUUUGCUUCGCGUUACUUCAUUUGACUGAUUUUGUUUUUAAGUAAAUAUACAUAAAUAUUUAUGAACAUGGAUGAUACGACGCUUAUACGAAUGGUGAAAAGUAAUGAACACCUGUACAAUAAAUAUAAUAAAUAUUAUAAAUCUGUUGAAAAGAAAAAGGCCACUUGGCAACGGAUAGCCCGUGAGCUUGGGAUUAAUGAAACGAUUUGUAUACGCCGUUGGACAUGUAUGCGUGAACGAUACUCGAAGGAAAGCCGCCGUUUGACUGCUCUUGUUAAUAAUGGAAUGACAACAUCACACAUAUGGCCACUAUUCGAGGAAAUGGAGUUUUUAAAACCAUUUGUAAUUCCGCGAAAUCGGUCUUUUAUGGGAAACUCGUCCUUUUCAGUGAAAGUUAAAGAACAGCCUGAUUCGUUUAUUACAGAUCAAGAGGAUGCUACAGAAUAUGAACAAGGAAACUCGUCCUUUUCAGUGAAAGUUAAAGAACAGCCUGAUUCGUUUAUUACAGAUCAAGAGGAUGCUACAGAAUAUGAACAAGUUACGGAGCCAUUUCAGUUCAAAGAUUCAGCAUCACAUGCGUCUGAGCAGGAGACUGAGCGCGAAGAAAUGGAUGCAUUCCUGCCAACAGACACAUUAUCAUUAUCUGCACCGCAUCUUAAAAGACCGAACUCGGCUCAAAUAGACGAGCCAAAGGUUUUCCAUUUAUCUGCGGCAAAGUCGAUAAAUCAACAUACAAGUAAUAGAAACCAUGACCAGCCGCAACACCAUAAGUGUGAAGUUGAAAAGAAACUAAAUACUGCUUUAAAAAUGUUCGAGGAAGUGUGUAAUGGAACAAAAGCACGCCACCGAAAUCCUGCAGUGCAUGGUUUUGGUGAAAUGAUUGUCGAAACAAUUUGUGGGAUGAGUGAACGAAAGCAGACAAUAGCCAUGCAAAAGGUAACCGAAUUGGUGAUGAACUUAAAAAUGGAGCCGGAAAGCAUGUAGAGAAAAAGUGAUUGGAGAUUGUUUUAUUUUUUUAUUUAAUUUUAAUAUGUAUAUAUAAGUUUAUAAUAUUAAAUGAUGGAGUCUAGUAAAAAUAUAAUACAUUGUAUGUAUAUAUCUGUGGCAAUAUUCUAAAAAAGCUUAAGUCAAAAGUGAGUUAAGGUCAUAUUCUAAUGCGCCUUUUUACAAUCCGAAUCUGUUUUCAAGUGCUUCGUUUUUCGUAAAAGUUAUCACUAAAUGACUUAACAAAUUUAAUAUAAUCAAGCGUCAAA